UUGUUUGCAAAGAUCUUCCUUUUCUGUACUGCCAGGCUGUCUGCAGUGGGGGAAAAAGGACUUGUUUUGCAUAAUAAAAGCCAUAAUUUGUGGAUGGAGAAACCAAGAUACAAUUUACUUCAUGUACAGUUUUUGCACUUUUAAUAUCUGGAAUCCAUAUCCAGUUGUCUACCAUUCAACUAAAGGAAGGACAAGCCGGUUUUGAACUUGGCAAGUUUGGGAAUAGUUCAGGCUAGAUUAAUCGAGUGUUUUGGUUGUUUUGCUGACCUCUGGGAUAUCAAUGGUUAAACUAUAAGGAAGUCCUACUGCUGAGGGGACCCGUGUUUGUGUGCUCCACCCUGGGUUGUAGCCUACUCCCGGGCCCCUUUGUACAUGUAGCAUUUUCCCACUUGUCAGCAAGAGCAAGGUGAAAAAGAAGAAGGAAACCUUUGACGCCCUGCUGAACGUGGAGGUUUCUGCUCCCAAAAAGUCUGCAGAUCAUCACUUUCACUACCGCUGGACUGGGAGGCAUGACCCCGCCCAGCUGUCCACGUGCCACCUGAGCCCACUCUGUUGGCCCUACUCUUUUUGAUGCAUUGGUUAGCUAAAGAGAAUAUCUUCAUAGCUAUGUUGACACAGAACAGAGAUAGUACAAUGUAUGAGGCUGAAGAUUAUAUACUUUAGCAACAGAAAUGUUACAAAGCGAGUGUAUAUAUUGACACAUUUCUUGAGGGACCAUCAUGGUUGCUAUGAGGCUAUUAUCAGUGAAGUGGCUUUGUUGACAUGCUAUACAGAAGAUGUUCCAAUAAAGAGAUGAUUAAAAAUAAAUAAAACUGUUAUAUGAUGUUUCUGGACUGAUGUGUGGGUGAAGAUUGAUUUCGUUAUGACAAGCUGCUGGGCAGAAGAUGUCCGCAUUGUCUGCGACUAAUAUCACUGAUGUUGGUCAUGGUGAGAGCAAAGUGUUUGGCGUGGCAUCCGAGCUGCAGCUGGACACGAAAGUGGAGGACGCAGACGGCCCCAUGGUGACGGACAGCAGGCACGAUGGGCCGUCACCCCUCCCCCACCUCGCUGGCUGUUCGGGCCUGCAGAACGGAACCUCGCUGGGAGAGCCCACAGGCCAGAACCUGAGCUGCCCUCUCUCCAUGGAGUCCGUCGACAUCAAGCUGGACAUGACGGGCGACCUGCUGCCCAUCAACUCAGAGGCCCAGCCGGUGAAGCGGAAGAAGGGCCCGGCCCCCAAGAUGCUGGGGAACGAGGUGUGCAGCGUGUGCGGGGACAAGGCCUCGGGCUUCCACUACAACGUGCUGAGCUGCGAGGGCUGCAAGGGCUUCUUCCGGCGCAGCGUCAUCAAGAGCGCCCAGUACGUCUGCAAGAACAGCGGCAAGUGCGAGAUGGACAUGUACAUGCGCCGCAAGUGCCAGGAGUGCCGUCUGCGCAAGUGCCGCGAGGCGGGCAUGCUUGAGCAGUGCGUCCUCUCAGAAGAGCAGAUCCGCCUGAAAAAACUGAAGAAGCAGCAUGAGGACGACUCCACGCGCACCUCAACUGCGCCACCGAACCCUGCCCCAGGGGCGGAGCCACCACAGCUGGCCCCAGAGCAGCAGGAGAUGAUCGAGAAGCUGGUGGCCAUGCAGAAGCAGUGCAACAAACGGUCCUUCAUUGACCGGCCCAAAGUCACACCGUGGCCACAGAGCCAGGACCCGCUGAACCGCGAAGUUCGGCAGCAGCGCUUCGCCCACUUCACCGAACUGGCCAUCAUGUCCGUUCAGGAGAUCGUGGACUUCGCCAAGCAGCUGCCGGGCUUCUUGGAGCUGACUCGGGAGGACCAGAUCGCCCUGCUCAAGACCUCCACCAUCGAGAUCAUGCUUUUGGAGACGUCACGGAGAUACAAUCCCGCUAUAGAGAGUAUCACCUUUUUGAAAGACUUCAGUUACAACAAGGAGGAUUUUGCUAAAGCAGGGCUUCAGUUGGAGUUCAUUAACCCCAUCUUUGAGUUCUCCAAGGGGAUGAAUGAUCUGCACCUGGACGAGGCAGAAUAUGCGCUGCUCAUUGCCAUCAACAUAUUCUCUGCAGACCGUCCAAAUGUGCAAGAUCAUGAUUUAGUGGAAAGACUGCAGCAGCCAUAUGUGGAUGCACUUAAUUCUUACAUCAGGAUAAAAAGACCAAAUGACCACCUGAUGUUCCCACGCAUGCUGAUGAAGCUUGUGAGCCUCCGUACCCUCAGCAGCGUCCACUCCGAGCAAGUCUUUGCCCUCCGCCUUCAGGACAAGAAGCUUCCGCCCUUACUGUCCGAGAUCUGGGACGUCCACGAAUGACGGAGGAGGACCUCAUCCUCCACCGACCCCCACCCCCCCCAAUAUCCCUCUCAGGCACCCCACCCACUUCUGCCACCCGUCGUCUGCCCUGCUGAGCUCCCCAGAGCCCCGUCGAGUGGCUGGACACCAUGUCAACGGGCGGGCCCUGUCCCUCAGUUAACCUGGGCUUAGACAUGGCAUCGCACGGACCUACGCCACGCUGCUUUUUCCUGGGACGGCGUCCAAUGAUGCGUUGAGGUCUGUCCUUAAGCCCCACCCCUCAAGUGCAGAAGUGGGACGGGAGAUGACUCGAUGGACAAAGCCGGGGCUGACGGGGCAGCAGUGAGGAAGAUUGUUUUUAUUACCGUAACAUUGUAAAUGACAUCCAUCUCGGACGCUGCUUUCCCUCGUUCUGCCGACACACUUUUCUGACCGCGGAUGCCGAGGGAAGAGCUUCCGUUCAUUUGGACGUGGUCAGGAUUGGACUUCCGUGAUGCAAGCGGGCCUCGCUAUCUCUCGGUCUUCCACUGUGUAGGAAGCGGACCAUUAGCAACAGCACCUAGGGGAGCUGCGAUUGGCUGCCCUUUUACUCGGACUGUCCUGUAACGGCAAAUCAAACUGAUUUUCAUCCGAUUGAAAUUUAACUGUUAAGAUGAUUAACAGAAACAUUUCGACUGGCCUCAACGACAGUCUUCAAACUCCAAACCAUAUCAGUGGUGAUGACAGACAGGACCUUGUAGACAGGUGACAAGUUUAGGUUUCUAACCAGUAGUAGUUGUUUUGGGUGUGUAGGCCAAUCCCAUAAGUCAUUUGAUAGAUGCCCUACUGGUUAGAGGUAAGCAUUACUAUGUGAGGGAAGGCUUCAAACACACAAACACCAUUUAACACACAGUCAAGUAUUGAAGUCCCUAUUUCAUACUGUCUGCCAUAUCACAUAUUACCAGUGAUGUAUCUUACCACAUUAAUUGAUGCAGUAAGUUUUCUAACCACCACUCUGCUACUGGUUACCAUCACAUGGACAUUUAAUAUAGUAACUACAACAGGAAGCCAACUGAAAUUUGAUUCAAGUAAACCACCUUGAGGCAUCAGAUAAUUUAUAGUUAGUCAUUAAUUGACAGAGGUCAGUCUUUGAUGAGCUUCUCAAUGGUUAAUGGAUAAUUUCUAAUGUGCAGCAUAUUGUGAUAUGGCUCAGAAUGGGACGUCCUGUGUGAUUUAAUCUUAUGGAAGAUUAAAUGUAUUAAAAUGACUUAAUGCCAUUAAUUCUCACCAGUAGACAUUUUCUGUCUGCAAAGGCAUGGAAGUCUUUGUAUAGAUGCAAAGAAACAAAGCAUGGUAAACAGGGAGGUAUAUUGCAGCCCUUAAAUGAUUAAAGCAAGAUUUGAAUUUCCAAAUACUCCAAAAGGCUGUAGGCUGCAGAGGGUUGAGUCUUCAAUCAAAUUUUUUGCACUGUAUGUUCUACCUUUGUGACUUUGAAAAAACAAAUGUGUGUUACAGGUUUGAGACAGAUCAAACUCAAUAACAAUAAUUCUUGUAAUAAUGACAUGGUAAUAAGGGAUGUACAUAUAGGGAACAGUAGCUAUAACAGUUUACAUUUGGCGGUGGCCAAGAUUUAUCAAUGCAAAUUAACAAUAUGGAUGGAAUUUAAUGUAAAAGUCAUUGCCAUUUUAUGCUUAUUUUCUAGAAAAAAAUCAAUGGUUAACAAAAAGUCCUAGCUGUUUAAUGGAAUUGGGUGCAGAAAAAGGACUCCUAAUUGGGUGUUAUUUGCAAAAGCUGAUUCACAUACAUGGUUGACAAGAGAGCUUAGUAGGCAAAGAAAACCAGUGUCAACAAAGGUUUAUUUGACUGCCAUUAACCACUGAAUACUAGCCACCUCACAUCUGCUUCAACAGCCUGCUUCACCACUGAAUGUAUGAGUGGUGGGUAUUUUGCCAUGUAACGCACAAUUUGACGUACUGUACUCUCCGCUAACAUUGUAGUCACGGUUUGACACAUGGCUGUUUGUUUGUUGCAAGGCUGCAUCCAACAAAGUCUGGUGAAAUUAUGAGAGGGAAAUGAUGGUCAUUAAGUGGACCUGUAAUUUAUAUGGUCUGGUCUUGAGUGUAUUUGGAAUAUGACUACAGCAGGGUCAGGGGCGUGUUAGCAUUUUGUGCACAUACCUACACUUAUUUUGGACCUAUACAACAAAUCCAGGUCCCGUCAAAGUUAUCAUAUGAAAAUUUAACCCUGGAUAAAUGUGGGAAGUCAUACAUUGUAAUGACUAUCAUGUGCUUAAUUGCACUAAUUGACCAUGUGUUAUGAUUUCUCUUCUAAUUUAACAAUUGGAAUAUUGUAACUUGUAUUGAAAUUAUAUUUACAAGUGGGCUGUAUGGAUGCAUUUGCAUAACUGCAUUCUAGUAUUUUUUUUUCCAACUCAGAUCUGGGGAACAUUAGCAAUUAUUCAGAACAUAAACCCCAAAAAGUGGCUUGUAACAUCUGUUAGCUUUAGCCAGCCCCUAGCAAUCACCUUCCAAUAUUUUUUUAAGGGAGUCAAAUAUAAUCCGUCUUUCAAUCCUAACUGAAAUAUGUUGAAAAUACUUGCUAUUUGCUAUAAAUAUUUUGAAAUGCUAGACUGAAACUGUACAAUAUUAAUGACCCUAUGGUGUUCUAAUGGUUUUCUUUAGUCUCCAUUUUAAUUGAUGUCUCCUCCUGGUGAAUGGCUAUAAAUGUUGAAAUAGAAAAACAUAUAUUUUUUAAUGUUUCAACGCCUUAAAUCCUUGUAUGUUCUGCUUUAUUUAUAUAUAUAUAUAUAUAUAUAUAUAUAUAUAUAUAUAUAUAUAAAGUAAAUGCUGACAAUAUAUAGUCCCACCAAAAUGCAGCCUAUAUUCGUUUUUGUUUUACUUUAGGACAAUGCAAACCUAAUCUUUGCACAAACUUUGUUGAACUAAUGUGUUAAACCACUUAUAAAAUGUUUUGUUCUAACUCUAAGGUGAUUUUGAGGAAGUGAUAAAUGAUCUAGCUUUAUAAAUAAAAUAUUUCAUUUUCUCUGCC